ACAAUAUAUCAAUUGCCUACAUUGUGGUCAGAUCGGUAGCGACUGGCGUACCGUUAGGUGGCUAACACUAUCUGGUUAAUAUGAAACUUGCACUAUUCCUGCUAAUUAUCCAACUAGGAUACAUUUUAGCGAAAACAAUAAAUAGUCCACCAUGUAAAAACCAUUCCGAAAGCCUGCAAAUAUCCAGAAGCAACGAAAAAAUAACAACACCUGAAAACAUUGACACAAAUUCAGAAGAUGUGUUUGAAAGAACUCCCGUAUUGUAUGCUAACGAUAGGUACUUUGGAAAUUUGCCAAAAUACACUCCAAACUUCAAUGAUAUGCAAUCAAGAAGAUACCUAUCAAACAAUCACCCAGAAAAUCUAUCUAAAUGGCCAACGGGUUUAAAUAAAAUCGAAAACAAGAAAGUAAAUUUACCACCAGUUACUUAUCAAGCGAUUGAUCCGAAAAACAUAUUUGUAUAUGGAUUAUAUCCACCAAAAUUUAAUAAACAUGGUUUAAGAAAUAAUGAGACAAAUAACCCAAAAGCUAAUAAAACAGAUUACAAUAAUAACUUAAAUAAAAACGGAGAUGAAGACAGAGAAAUACAGAAUGAUAAUAACCAAACUAUAGAUGCACAGAGUGAAUUUAGAACCACCAAUUUUAGAACAGAUGUAACAAAUAUUAGAGAACUGAGACAGCAUCUCUUAGACCAUCUACUAGACUACUUCCUAAACAUAAUUAUGGAAGAAAAGAACCAUAAUGUGACAAGAAAAAAGAAUAGCAAAGAUGUUAUGAAAGUUGAAAAGAAAUUGAGGAAUUACUACGGUCCACAAACAGAUAUUUUAGAACUUGAUGAUGAAAUUGAUGACUAUUCUGAUUCUGAAUAUGAUGAUAAUUAUCGAAGAAAUAACGAUGAUGAAACUCAGGUUGUUUUAAAUAAAAAUGAUAAUGUAGAUGAGAAAAAUGCCACUGAUAAAAAAUCUAUAGAUACACAGAGAAAUGAGACUGAGAUUGAUAUUACUGAAAAUGAUCAGUUGCUAUGGCAACCAAAAAACAAUGAUCAAGAAUAUAUAGAUGAGAUCAGUAACAAAACUAUCUUGAUUCCUAUUAUUGAAGAUUAUGAUGAUAGUUUAGAAAUUGCUGCUCCUGUGAAACGGAAAGAUUUUGAAAAUAACGAUACGAUUAUUGAAAUAACGGAAGAUUCUCACUCUAAUUUGGAAAAUAUAGCUACAACUACGGAUAAAUAUGAUGUUUUACAGGAAAUAAAACCAAAUAACGUGUCAGAAAAUGUGACUGACGAUUAUAUAUACGCAAAUAAUGAUGAAGAAAGCACAGAAAAGCUUUUCUUUGAAGAUUUUCCAGAUUCUGAUGAUUAUUCGUCAAUUGAAAAUGAUACUUCAGUUUCUGUUACUGAUAAAAUGGAAAAUAAUGAAAAUAUUACCGUUUCUACUACUGACGGACAAGCAAACAAUGAAAGACCAGCAAGGAGGACACUGAAUGACGAUUCAGGACAAAAUUCUGAUGAAAAAAUUAGCAAAACUAGAAAAAAUGGGGCAAAAAUGUCAAGGAAACACGAAUUGAAUGAAAAAAUAGUUAUUGUAACGUCUCCGGAUAGCAGCGAAGAAGAAUUAGCUAUUAAAGUUAACAAUAAACAAUUUAAAACUAAGAAAUCUCGUAAAUCGAGCAAAAAACAGAAGAAAAGAGGCUGCAGAAAGAGUUUUGUUCUGAACUUAAAUAUAAAACUUAUUUAAUUAUGUAUGAAAAUCUGUUGUUUUCUUUACCUAAUUUUAUCCCAAUAGGGAUGAUGACUGGGUCAAAAAUAAAUUAUUACAACUUUUCAAUACAAUAAAAUAUUCAAAAAUAAUCACACUUUCAUUCAUAAAU